GUCAGACGGAGCGUAAAUUGUACCUCUUUCUUCUCCAUUCGGCGGCCGAGCAGUGCGGACGUGAGAGUGUUGUUAGGUCGUGUAGUGUAUUUAAUUAUUCGUUAAAACGCGAUUUACAUAUUGUGUUUUAAGUGUUUUAAAAUAGUUAAAACAAAACAAAAUAAAUAAUGGCCGAUCAGGAGAACAAGGACUUCAGCGAAGAUAUUGCCGAUCAAAACUUCGAGCAGAACGGCGAAGCUGAAAACGGCGGCGGGGACGCCGCAGAAAAUGGCCAAGAAUCGCAAGAGGACAGAUUAUAAGGAUUUUUGGUGGCUGGUGGCACAGCACCUUGCCUUUCCCCUUUUUCAGCGUAACGAGAUCUCAAGCUGGACGGUUUGCUCAUCGACGAGUUUAGAUGUCAAUAUUGAUGUACAGACACAGUCUAUGUAAAUAUUUUGUAAUAUCGCAUACGUUCGUUCUUAUUCUCUUACUAUUAUCACAGCAUUUUUAGUUCUAUACCUAAGGGAUUCGACUUUUUUUUCUUUGUAUCCCUACAGCUUUGGAUUGUCACAAACUUUUACAUAGUUUGGGGUAUGUUUUUGCAAAAUGGGUAAGCUACUUUAGAUUGUAACUUGUAGAAAUACUUAAAUUGAUAUUGGGAAAGAAGAUGUAACCUUCAAAUUUAGUAAAAUGUGUAUGAAUAUUUACAUUUUUAUGUAACCAAAAGAUAUACGUAGACAUUAAAUCGAAAAAGGAUAAAAUCACUUUCAUGUACCAUUGCAAUAUAUAAGAUAAAUAAAGAAUUUGGAGGUGUGCUUCCUCUCACCCCAACAGUAUAAAACUACAAAUGUGUGUUGAAGGACGUGAUAUCUAUGCAUGAGGUAACAAAAAUAAAUAACUGAAAGCUGGCAUUCCUUAGUUUAUUAUAUAAAUUUAAUAUAAAAGUAAAAACAAAAGACAAAAUUAAAUAUUGCAUGUUCUUUAUUGCAAAAUUAUGAUAAGGUAACUAUAUACAUAUAAGAAUUAUAAGUAUUAUGACUUUAUAUGUGCUGUUGUUGCGAGGUAUACGUUUAUCUGUUUAAAAUUUUGUAAUUUUGUGUAAACUCCUUAUUUCUGCUCUCCUUCCUAGUUAAUUCUAUUCUAGUUUUGUAAUUGAUAAAGAGAAGUUGUGAUUUCAUCAAUGAUAAAAAUUUCUAUAUAUUACGCAAAUAAUAAUUGUAAUAUUUUUAUAGAGCAUAA